AUGACUGAUGAUGACCUGUCUGCACUGGUAGUAGAUAAUGGGUCAGGGAUGUGCAAGGCAGGCUUUGGAGGUGAUGAUGCCCCUCGGGCUGUGUUCCCCUCUAUUGUUGGACGACCAAAACACCAGGGUGUCAUGGUAGGGAUGGGCCAGAAGGACAGCUAUGUUGGAGAUGAGGCCCAGAGCAAGAGAGGCGUUCUCACUCUGAAGUAUCCCAUUGAACAUGGGGUGGUCACCAAUUGGGAUGACAUGGAGAAGAUCUGGCAUCAUACUUUCUAUAAUGAGCUGCGUGUGGCCCCUGAUGAGCACCCUAUCCUACUCACCGAGGCACCCCUCAAUCCCAAGAUCAACAGGGAGAAGAUGACUCAGAUCAUGUUUGAGGCCUUCAACACACCUGCCAUGUAUGUGGCUAUCCAGGCUGUUCUGUCCCUCUAUGCUUCUGGACGGACAACGGGCAUUGUCAUGGACUCUGGAGAUGGAGUCACACACACUGUGCCCAUUUAUGAAGGGUAUGCCCUGCCCCAUGCCAUCCUGCGCCUGGAUUUAGCAGGUCGGGAACUGACCGACUAUCUCAUGAAGAUUCUUACUGAGCGUGGCUACAACUUCACUACUACAGCAGAGCGGGAAAUAGUGCGUGACAUCAAGGAGAAAUUGUGCUAUGUGGCCUUGGAUUUUGAGCAGGAGAUGGUCAGUGCUUCCAUGUCAUCCUCCCUGGAACGGAGCUAUGAACUCCCCGAUGGGCAAGUAAUCACCAUUGGGAAUGAACGGUUCCGGUGCCCUGAGGCCAUCUUCCAGCCGUGCUUUCUGGGCAUUGAGUCCAGUGGGAUCCAUGAGACAACUUUCAACUCCAUCAUGAAAUGUGAUGUGGACAUCCGCAAGGACCUCUAUGCCAACACUGUGCUCUCUGGGGGCAGCACUAUGUACUCAGGCAUUGCUGACCGGAUGCAGAAGGAAAUCUUGGCCCUGGCACCCAGCACCAUGAAAAUCAAAGUCAUAGCUCCUCCGGAGCGUAAGUACUCAGUCUGGAUCGGCGGUUCCAUUCUGGCCAGCCUGUCUACCUUCCAGCAGAUGUGGAUCAGCAAGCAGGAAUAUGAUGAAUCUGGUCCAUCUAUUGUCCACAGAAAAUGCUUCUGA